AUGGGGAACAAUCAACCAAAAGAAAGUAACAUGGGCAACCACCUGAGAUGCUACAAGUGUAACAUGGUCCUCCGACCAUGCAAUGACUUUUCAGAUUUAAAGCAGGACUAUAUCUACGGGCGAAAUGUGCACGUUUUCAAUGGAGGAGAAUAUUUCAGGCUAGUUGGCUACAAUGAGUUAUACGAGUGUCGAGAUUGCUUUUACAAGCCCAUCAGAGAAGAGGAGAGACUCAAACAGGAACAAAAAAAGAAAGAGAAGAAGAAACAGGAAGAGGAAGAGGAGCAAAAGAGGAGAGACCAGCAAAGAGCAAGAGAGGCUGAGGAAAGGAAAAGGCGAGAAGAAUUAAAUCAAAGACUUGAAGAGUCAUGCAAGCAAGCUCAAGAGCAACUAGAGGAACAAGUAAGCCGCAUCGUUUCGGAGAAGCACCAGUUCCAAGCAUCAGCCUACUUAAGUGAAGUUCAGUCAAACUACAAAUCAGAUGAGGAAAGUGAGCUUCUUAAAACUCUCUCGUCAAAAUGUACCGUCGCAACCCUGAAUCUCACUCAACUGAACAAAAAUCAGCUGGGAAACACCCUGUUAGCCCUGGAAAAACUUCUGUUUGAUGAAUGGAUGAGUGCGCCUCCAUCUCUCAGCACCCUGCAGCACACUCAAGUGUUCAUCGCCGAGCUUUACGUCCUCUCCAACGAGAAACCUGAACGUUUUUCACUGGAAAGCACUUCAAAUCAUGUGCAGUCUCUGGUUGAGUCCAUCAGCCAAUCAGCAUGUAAUGUUUCGGAGAAUUUUCUGCUGACCCAAGCUCUUUUUCUGAACCUGAUGCAUGUGUUCACCGGCCCUUACAGCAGUGGUACUGAUCCAGUUCUCAUAGCCAAGCGAUGGGCUGACGUUGAUCUCUCCAGUGAGGAUCUGCUUCUAAUAGAAUUCCUCGGCGUCCUCAUAUCAUCGCUAGCAAAUGUGAUUAAAGACACUUCCGUGUUCAUUUUAAGGAUGGAAAUCCAGUGUUUGAUCCUUCUUCUUGACAUACUCACAAAUCUGAACAGCACGAAAAGCCACAGUGAAGCCACCGAAAUGGUUCUCAGACUUGUACAAACAAAUCAGUGGACCCCAGCAGAGGCGAUGACUCUGCUUAAAGCGCUUUCAGAGAAAUAUUCAGGGGAUACGCCACUUACAGAAAUUCUCAAAAUGGUAUACGAGUACGACAUAUCACCAGAGUGGACAGACGAUUCUGGGAACUCUCUCAUACAGGUUCUCGAUGUCCUGGAUCCAAAGACGUUCCAAACGGAUUUACGAAGUACUCUCCAAAAGACGGAUGACACCGAACUAAAUUCAGCCCUUGCAGAAUUGAAAGAAGCCAGAAAUUUGGAUGAUGCAACCAUUGAUAAGAUAAGAACAAUUAUCAGUUCAGUCCGAAAAUAUUUGAAAAAUAAGACCAAACAAAGAUCA